CAUAAAUCCCUGUGGGAUAUGGUGCGAGCCUCUCUUCCCUUCCUAACGGCUAGUAAUCCCAUGCUCAAAUUUAAAUGUUUACGUCUCUCCCUCCAUCCCCAUGAAGCCAAAAAUCUCUUCUUUUCUUCUUCCUCGGCCGUGGCAGCGGUGGCACCCGUGGUUAUAGAGUCCAUUUCACAGCCACAAAGGAUCGUUUCAAAUCUCGAAACUCGAGUCCCGGAGACCCGCUUCUUCCCCAUCUCCCUUGAUCCCAGAUCCUUUGUCGCGGCCCUGGUGCAAUGCUGGAACCCAACCCAGGUCAAGCAGGUUCAUGCCUUGGCUAUCACCACCUCAAUGAUCGAAAACCUCGGCGUCGCCAACAAGCUGGUAUAUAUCUAUGCGCAGUACAGGGCGUUGGCUGAUGCCCAUGCUCUCUUUUGCCGGAUGAAAGAGCGGGACAAUGUGUCUUGGAGUGUGAUGGUCGGUGGGUUUGCAAAGAUUGAAGAUUACGAGAAUUCUUUGAGAAUUUUUAGAGAGUACAUUCGUUCUGGCUCUCGGGUUGAUAACUACACUCUGCCUUUUGCAUUAAGAGUGUGUAGAGAUACAAUGUCAGUCCAAUUGGGUACGGAGAUCCACCAUCUUGUUUACAAGGCUGGGCUUCACUCGGAUCUCUUUGUGUCGGCAGCAUUAGUCGACAUGUAUGCCAGAUGUGGGCUUGUUGAGGAUGCUCGCAAGGUGUUUGAUAAGAUGUCGAAGAGGGACAUGGUGAGUUGGACGGUCAUGAUUUCCGGGUAUGCCGAGUGUGGGAACCCUGAUGAGUCUCUGGUUUUGUUUGACAAAAUGAUGGAAGAAGGAAUUGUUCCUGAUAAGGUCACGAUGGUGACCGUUGCUUUUGCUUGUGCGAAGCUAGGGGCCAUGCAUAAGGCUAAGAUGGUCCAUGAUUACAUAUCAAGGAGAAAUUUCUCAUUUGAUGUGAUUUUGGGGACAGCAAUGAUCGAUAUGUAUGCCAGAUGUGGCAGCAUGGAUGCUGCCAGGGAGAUCUUUGAUCGGAUGAAGGAAAAGAAUGUCAUUACUUGGAGCUCUAUGAUAUCGGCUUAUGGGAUUCAUGGGCAUGGUAGAGCAGCUUUGGAGUUGUUCCCUCAGAUGUUGGAGAGUGGGAUUCGACCAAACCGAAUUACCUUUGUUUCCAUCCUAUCUGCUUGUAGUCAUGCUGGUUUGGUUAAUGAAGGUCGGCAGUUUUUCCAUUCAAUGAAGAGAGACUAUUCGAUUGAACCGGAUUUGAAGCACUACACUUGCAUGGUGGAUCUUCUUGGCCGAGCAGGAAAACUUGAUGAGGCACUGGAAUUGUCAAACAGAAUGAAUUUAGAGAAAGAUGAGGGCUUUUGGGGUGCAUUGUUAGGUGCUUGUAGGAUCCAUGGGAAUGUAGGGCUGGCAGAGAAGGCUGCAAAAAGCCUUCUCGAACUUGGUCCACGAAAUUCUGGCUACUACAUUUUGCUUUCUAAUAUAUAUGCCAAUGCGGGUAGGUGGGAAGAUGUGGCCAAGGUAAGGGAUUUGAUGUCCAGCAGGAGAUUGAAGAAGACUCCUGGUUGGACAUGGAUUGAGAUUGAUAACACGGCUUAUCAGUUUAGAGUGGGUGACAAGAGCCAUCCUCAAUCAAAGGAGAUCUAUGAAAUGUUGAAGGUCCUGAGAGAGAAGUUGGAGUUGGCUGGUUACGUUCCUGAUACAAAUUUUGUGCUGCAUGACGUGGACGAGGAACUUAAAGCAGAGUUCUUAUACACUCACAGUGAAAAGCUGGCGAUUGCGUUUGGUCUCAUUGCAACAGCUGAUGGAACAACAAUCAGGAUAGCUAAGAACCUUAGAGUCUGUGGGGACUGCCACACAUUUACUAAGCUGGUAUCGGCUAUUGUACAGAGGGAGAUCAUUGUUCGAGAUGCAAACCGAUUUCACCACUUUAAAGAAGGGUGCUGUUCUUGUGGGGACUAUUGGUGAUAAACUGAAUUUGCAAUGAGGUGAUCCUGACAUUACCUCAGAUUUUACCAUCCCACCAUCGUCGAAGGCAGCUUCUUCACUUUCACUGGAAUGCGAACACUGAUCACUUCAGAACCACCAAAGGCCUUCAGAGUCUUAAAAGCUACCGAGGCAGAAUUCCCAGAUCUCGACGGGCAGGGGCAAUCCACCUCAUACUCAUUCUUAUUCUGCUGAGCUCCUAUUCCUUGCAGGCGGUUACCUAGAAGUUGGAUUUGUUGACACUACAUACAAGCUCUAUACUCAAGACACUCCAACCUGGGAACAUGGUUGUGUUUGUCAAGGAACUUGUUCAUGUCCAGUACUGCAGCAGUCAGGACCUGGCAUUAGCCAUUCCUUCCUCGUAAAAUCCUUCAAGAUUGAUGCUGCCACAAGUCAGAAGAUUUAGGUAAGGCUGGUCUUGCACCAAUGGCCUAAACUGAAUCUCAUAUAUGGUUUCCAUAAUUAUCUAUCACAAAUAGGAAGUCCUUUGAUUAGCUGCUAUGCCGCAAUUUCUAUGAAAAUGUCGCCGUAUGUUUAUGUUGGCGGAGAGCAUUCUUUCAAUGUUUUCUGUCAGCAUUAUCUUAUAUGUCUUCUUGAUUGAUUCAUGAAUUUUCGGAUAAUCUUUUUGUUUUAUUGCUUGUGUCCAAAAAUUGCAAGGUUGUAAUGUGUACCAGGUCAUGGUUAUAGAAAGUCUUAAUAUCAAGAAUCAGAAAUGUUACGAUCAAUUAACACUGUAAAGUAGUGAUUUCCCCUUUGGUGGAUUCUAAUUUGCUAUUUGUUCAGAAUAGCAGAAUUGUAUCAACACUAGCUACACAUGCAUUGGGAUCUCAUUUUCCUUAUUAUCAAUAACAAACAAAGCAUGAGUUUGAUGAGAGGUAUAGAAGGUAACUUGUUCCGGUAACUAUGGGAGUUCGAUUUGAGAGUCAUACACGUUACCAGAAGGAUGGAUUUCAUAGCAUUUUGUAGCAUUGUACAGUGAAACAUAUAUAACUAGUUGCAGUAUGUUGAACAUGAAAUUAUCAACUCGGUUUUAUCUUUCAUCUUUUUAUUUUUCUUUAACUAGCUUCUAAUCUUUGAUAGCACAGGUAGCAUUCUGAUAGCUAAAAGUUCUCGAAGAUCAAGACAUUUGAAUCCAUUUACCUUUUUUGAUCCAGUGACAACCGCUGGCAUGUCUGCACAGUUAUUUGAUCUGAUCAUAGACUUUGCUUCCUCUCCAUUCCAUUUUAGAAAAGGGGGAAACAAGUUUUUGGCAUAUCUAUGCCCAAGAAAAGAAUUGAUAUGCAACCAUUCAAUUCCAAAAUUUUGCCCAUAGUGCUCCUGAGGAGCAGCAGGCGCCAUAAGCAGAGCUACUGGAACAUAGUCCACAAGCAUGGCAGGUUCAGACCACCACCAUCUGUGAGGCACAACUCAAUUCAAGCCCAUCGAAGGACUAUGGUUUUGAAGGCUGGACUCCACAUUUGGGGAUUUUACAGUGGAUAGCAGGACAACCGUGUGAUGCGAUUAUACAAUCUAAAUUCCACUUGAAUGAACAACUUUUCGGAGGUAUUGAUGAGCUAGAUUGCUAUGGUAGCGAGGCAUUCAUUAGCCAACAAGAUACGUCUUCGAUUGAGAUAGCUAAGCAAAUGGAGAGGUUAGCCAUAGUGUUGGUGGAUCUGCACUGCUUGUCACAAUUUCCAUUGACCAGCUCUCCAGUUAUCGAACUACCUAAUAUCAGUUCCCUAAUGACUAAUAGGUCAGCACACUCUUAACUUACAAUAUAGGGGUGUGAAGAUCUUAGAAAGAUUCAAUCUCUAGAAGCUCAAGUGAUAUGAUGAAGGCUUUACCUACAAAUGGGAUCAAGCAAGCUUGUUAAGUACCUACAUGCAUCCGGGUUCGAUAUGAGAGGUCAGGUAGAUGUGGGGAGCAUAUCUUGGGGGCAAUAGUUUCUUCGGUUGGAAUAGUUCCUGGUAUCAGCAUUGGAGGGCAAUCUUUUGUUCCACAGGUUAGAUUUUCCUCAGACCACACAGCUUGUGGGGGAAAUGCCUCAAUGGAUGCGGUAUCCUCAAGCUUGAGUUCGUCUACCAAAUCUUUAGGCCGAGAGGCAAUUGCAAGCAGAGAAUGAGGGUUAUAAUUUAUAUUGGAUUCCAUUGUAUCAGCCAAAUAUUUAAUGGCUUGUUCUAUAACCUCUCUUGAAUCAAAAUAUUUCUGAUCAUGGUCUAAUUCAA